AUGUCCAGCCAUCCAUCAACUCGAUCUGACUCCCAAGCAGGUGAUCACAUUCAAGAUCUACAGAAUUUGCUCGAUCGUAUGAGCCUAGCAGAUUCAUCGGUCGGUACUGUUACUUGGAAGCGCAAGACUACAGAAGAGUCUAUCACACUCUCAAGAAACUCGUGCGCGCAAUCCGCGCACAACACCAUUCCCGAUGGACGGAUCGUGCCUCUUCCUACCACUUCGACAGCUCAAACACCCUCGCAUCCGGUGUCAAUCCCCUCCCAUGUUCCGCUUGCUCCAACCCCAGAUGAGAUCCGCCCACCACAAGCUGGGCUCAAGCCUGAGGGCUUCUGGGUCAUCAUCGUUGGGCAAGAAGUCGGUGUAUUUUACUGUUGGGCUGAUGUUGCGGAACGAACACAUUUUGUUAGUGGGAGUAUUCAGAAACGAUACCCAUCUUUCCAGCAAGCUCUUCACGCAUACACCGUCAAGUAUAACGAACGCAGCGUCCAUGCAGUUCUGAUUCCGGGUGGCCCAUUCUGGCCUAUGAACUCGCCUGUGUCCCCAGCAUCUCCCCCUCCCCCUACAUCUCCCACAUUGUCUAUAGACUCGGAUGAUUUGUGGUCGCAAGUAGAAGACCUGUUGGACACCAUGAGUCAAUAUAAAUUUGAAUCUACGUAG